GCAACAUGGCUCCCGGAGGUGGAAGGCACAGGCUUCACCCGCUUUGCAGCGGUUAAGAACAGCCAGAGAGGAAAAAAAGCAAUGAGACGUGACUAGAGCCCAUCAUCGCUUUUAUCCUCGCAACCUCUUCUGAGUCCGGUCGGCCUGCCCCCGCUCCUCCGCACCCCAUUCCAGCCUGUGCUCCCCUCCCCUCCCCGCCUUCAUCCCACCGCUCCCAGACCCCUCCCCUCGGGAAUCCUUUUCCCGCCCCCUGCCGCCCCCCGCGGAGUGCGCACGCGCCCGCCCCCAGCUUCGCGCCCUGCUCGCAGCCUUAGCCUGCUCGCGCAGCCUCCGUCUCAUCUUGCCUGCCGACGAAGCAUGGGCGUCCAGGGCUUCCAAGAGUUCCUGGAGAAGCGCUGUCCCGGGGCCGUGGUGCCCGUGGACCUCCUCAAGCUCGCACGCACGGUUUCUCGCCAGCAGCAGCACCAGCAGCACCACCAGCAGCAGCACCUGCACCUGCACCGCCAGCUGCCCCCGACGGCAGCCCUAGCGCCCGGAGCUCCUCGCACCACCAGGGGCUCCACGCCUCUGCAACCGCCGCUCCCGCCCGCUGCCUUUGGUGCCUAUUCCGGGGGCGCAGGGCCGACCCGGCACCAUCACCCCGCUCACCACUUCCACCACCACGGCCAGGCACCGCCCGGGCUGCACCCACCGCUGCCCCCGCCGCCGCCCCCACCACUGCCUGGUGCCAGGGUGCUGGUAGACGCGGGCUCGGCGCUGCCGCGGCUUUAUGGCGGCUACCAAACGGAUUGGGUGUGUGGCGGCCAAUGGAAUGCCAUGCUGGGCUACUUGUCAGCGCUGUGCCAGGCUUGUGCCUAUCCCGGCGGCGACGGCCUGGAACUGGUGGUCAUGUUCCCAGGGGGCCUGGGCAAGGACCGGCUGGCCGAAUGGGGCCGUCGGUGCCAGGCUGAGCGGCAGACAGCGCAACUGAUCGUGGGACACGUGGGCAACAAGGGCACCCCUCCACCACGGGCCUGGUUCCUGCCACCGGCCUGCCUGAGCCACUGCGUGAGGCUAGCACUCAUCCGCUUCCGGGUCAAGGUCUUUCAGAGCCUUGAGGAUCACCAUCUGGAAGUGGUAGCAUUUUUCAGGGAAAAUGGUUUCCAUGGCCUUCUUGCUCAUGACUCCGAGUACGCACUCUACAAUAUCCCCUCUUACUAUAGUUCCCACGCUCUGAAGCUGAGCUGGAAUGGCAAGAACCUCACCACAAACCAGUUCCUGAUGCAGGAGGUGGCCAAACAGCUGGGCCUGAAGCGGAUGAAUUUUCCCAUAUUUGCUGCAUUGCUAGGCAACCACAUUCUCCCAGAUGAGGACCUGGCUGCCUUUCACUGGAGCCUCUUAGGACCAGAACAUCCGCUUGCAUCACUUAAGGUUCGAGCUCACCAGCUGGUUCUCCCUCCCUGCGAUGUGGUGAUCAAGGCUGUUUCCGAGUAUGUGAGUUCCAUCAAGGACCCCUCAAACCUCGAUGUGGUUGGGAAGGAUGUUUUCAAGCAGUCUCAGUCCAGGACCGAAGAUAAAAUAGAACGAUUCAAGAAAGCCGUUGAGUACUACUCAGUUACAACCAAGCUCUCUUCGCUGCCAGUGGGUCCCUCUUUCCUUGGCUUUCGGAAUAAUCGCCUUGGAAAUCCUCCCCUUCCACGAAAUCAAAUGGGCACCAUUUCUACUGGAAAGCCAAUGUUUUCUCACCAAGUACCCCGGAAAAUGAAAUAUCCACCACCAUUCCCGAUGGGACCCAGCUCAUCACUUCUCUUGUCUCCCCACACUUUGGGGGAGUCACACGCUUUUUCUGAGGACCCCGUGCUUCAGGACAGCCCCUUUGCCAACUGGGCUGUCUCUUAUGACUCAUCUACAUCUCAGUUCCCCAAUUACCUGCCUUCCAAAGCAUCACCGCCUUUGAGGCCAGACUCGUCGCACUCAUCCUCUUCUGAUGGUGAUGAGCCCAAUGGAGCUGGCUCUGAUCAUAUCACAGAGGCACUUCAACAGCAGCCUGGAUGGACAGAUCCCAGUGGCGAGCGGGAGUCUUGGGGACAGCCCAUGGAUGCUGGAGUUUCAGAAUCCAGCCUCGGGGACGGAGAGCCCCACAUCCCGUCUCUGCUCUCUAUGUCCACAAGGAACCACAUGGAUAUCACCAUCCCACCCUUGCCUCCAGUCGCCCCGGAAGUCUUGCGGGUUGCGGAGCACAGACACCGCAGGGGUCUCAUGUACCCAUACAUCUACCACAUCCUCACAAAGGGGGAGAUUAAGAUUCCUGUGUGUAUCGAGGAUGAGUGCAACAUGGAGUUACCCCCAGCUGCUCUCCUGUUCCGGUCAGCUCGUCAGUACGUGUACGGAGUUCUCUUCAGUCUGGCAGAGACCCAGCGGAAAAUGGAGCGCCUGGCCAUACGGCGCCGGCUGCCUGUGCAAAUUCCUUCGGUGAUCCUUAAGGAGUGGUCUGCCUACAAAGGCAAGUCACCUCAAACCCCUGAGCUUGUGUCUGCCCUGACAUUCCGGGAAUGGACUUGCCCAAACCUCAAGAAGCUCUGGCUCGGCAAAGCCGUCGAAGACAAGAACCGAAGAAUGAGGGCCUUCCUGGCCUGUAUGAAGUCAGACACACCGAGCAUGCUUAACCCAGCUAACGUUCCCACCCACCUGCUGCUCAUGUGCUGUGUACUCCGGUACAUGAUCCAGUGGCCUGGUGGCCGAAUCCUGCAUCGCCAUGAGCUAGACACCUUCCUUGCCCAGGCAGUGUCAACCCAGCUUUAUGAACCAGAUCAACUCCAAGAACUCAAGAUUGAAAAACUGGAUGCCCGAGGGAUUCAACUUGCUGCUCUCUUCAUGAGUGGGGUCGACACAGCUCUGUUUGCCAAUGACGCCUGUGGCCAACCAGUGCCUUGGGAGCACUGCUGUCCCUGGAUUUACUUCGACGGCAAGCUCUUCCAGAGCAAGCUCAUUAAAGCAGGCCGAGAACGCGUGUCCCUGGUUGAGCUCUGUGACGGCCAGGCUGACCUGGCAACCAAAGUGGAAAAGAUGAGACAGAGUAUCCUUGAAGGAGUCAACAUGAACCAUCCACCACCUUCGGCUCUACUUCCGUCACCUACUCUUGUGCCUCCUAUGAUGCCCCCUCUCUACCCUGUUUCACUUUAUUCCCGAGCUAUGGGCUCAAUGCCACCUCACGCUCAGGGAAGGAGCCGAGGCUUUGCAGGUCUCCAUCCCAUCCCAACCCAAGGAGGAAAACUGGAGAUUGCCGGGAUGGUGGUGGGCCAAUGGGCUGGCAGCAGAUCCUCCAGGGGCCGAGGAUCCUUUGGCAUGCAAGUGGUGUCUGUUGGUGGGCCAGGAAGGGGGCAUGGAAAAGAACAGACUGGUAGAGGAAUCAAAGGACACAAAAGGAACAAACAAGGCUCUACAGAUGGAGUCUCUAAACCCCUGGAGCUUCAUCCAGGGCGGCCACGCUUACAGUUAAAUGGGAAUGAUGGCACAUUGAUCAAGGAAGAAAAGAGUGAUCGUCUUCCUGCUCCGUCACAAUGUGCCUUAUCCAGAGACCGCAACAUGUGUAGUAGUGGAAACCGCUGCCUCCCCGGGAAGAAUGGGGAGAAGAGCCACUUACAAGAGCAAAAGCUGGAAACUCUGGCACAGCAGAAAGAGGAGUGACGACCCGAAGAUGGCUUCACCUGAUUAGGAAGAGGGGAAAACCUGUACUUUUCUGAUUCUAGGCCUAAACUAGAGGAGGCUGUAAAUGUUUACCCUGGGUUUCCCACUGCAUUUGGAUGAGCUGUCCUGCUGCAACCAUAUUGUCUCUCUUUUGCUGGGCUUCCAGGCUUAGAAUGAGGGGGAAGUUCUGGUAAAAGAUGAGUGGCAGCAACAGGGAUAGUUCCUAUUCUCCAAUUGAAUGUGUAGUGCCAGUAUUUUCAUUAUCUCCCCCUCUGGGAGCCUGUGAAGGCAAUAGUGGUCAGCAAUUGGAUGUGGUCAUGCAAGCUACUAGAGCAAAAUCCCAGCCUUGGUUUUCUGAAUAUUUACCAGGAUCCUCAGCUACAGAGCUCCAUGGUCAUUGGAUGGGGUUUUGGGGACAGCUGUCUGUGGCUUCUUGCCAUAGAAUCAUUAUCAUCUGCCUCUUCUUUCCCCUCCCAACAUAUUCACCCCAUAAUUUUAUACCACCACCUCUAGCUCUGGCCUACCAAUCAGAUUGGUAGAUGUUUUCAAAGAAGUGACGCAGUGUUGGUUAUUUUAUUUUAGUUUUUUGUCUUAUACACUUUAAAAAUAACUACCAAUGGCCUUUGUAUUGGGAGAUUCAACUGAGUCGGAAAAGUGCCGGGCAGAUUUUUCCUGCCUUUCAACCACUUCUCGCUGCCCACACCCAGAAAGGGUGGUAAUCGAUACAAUGAAAUUGAGUAUGAAAGGGACUCAAAAAGAUUGUGUGUGUGUGUGUGUGUGUGUGUGUGUAGAUGUGUGUUUGAGUGUGUGGGAGUGGAUGUUUGAAUGGGUGGUUGAAUGGGUGGGUGUACAUAUGAAUGAGUGUAUAUGUGUACACGUACCCUUUAUAUAAAGAGACAGAUCUAUUUAUCUAUACAUAUUUUAUAUAUAUAUAUAAGUGUGUUUGUGUGUAUAUACAUAUACAUGUAUAUGUAUACGCAUGCAUACAUGCAUACAUGGUGAUGUCCCAAAAGAUUUACUGAAUUUCCCAGAAUUGUUUCCACUGCUAUGGAGUGGUGGGUUUCAAAAGACCACACUUUAAAUCUGAACUCCUUACUAAGUCACAGCCCAUCACAGUUAUGAGAACAUGGGCUUUUUCUAAAUCAGACAAAAAAAAAAGUACUUUCCAGAGAUUGCCUGUUCAGAACAACACACACCUGGGUCGCUACCAGCUGAAUCUUGAACAGAGCCCUCACAUCCCAUAUGGUGAAAAUAAGAAGUUGGAAUGGGAUUGGGAAGAGUUGUGCAAUUCCUUCUGAAGGUUUGGAGAGCACAAGGGGGUGGGAGGCAAUUACCAUUUGAAAGGGCUUUCAGCCAAUUUGGAGAAAAAUCUCUUCUGAAACUCCAGAGUCAAUUUGACUAGGGAUUACUUGACAUGAAUCCCUGAAGGAGAGAGGCCUAGCACUGGAAAGAUACGAGGUAGGGAAGUGUGAGGCAACUGACAAAUUUGAUUUUACAUGCCUAGAUUAUUUCAUUUGUUCAUUGACAUUUUGACUACUGGAUCUUUUCAUUUGCUUUGCAAGGAAGACUUCAGAGGACUCUAGCCUGGGCCUUGAGAAGUAUUCUGUUCAAGAUCCUGAGUACCGUUUGGUGGCCAGGAUGUGCCCAGGAUAAAGAGGCUGUUCCUCCUUGCUGGAGAUGAUCUUGAGACAACCUUGCAUUUCCAACUUCCCUCCUUGAUAAAUUAUGAGGGAUGAAAACAUGGCUAGCAACAAAUUAGCAUUAUGUCUACAUUCAGAGAUUGAGGCUGGCAGCCUCACACACCUCCUUUUGGGCUUUGUGAUAUUCUUGCCCAUAAAGUACCAUUUCUACAGGAAUACAACUAACUAGACUUGUAGCAGGUUCUCUCUUUUGGAAAAACUCCAUGCACAUUAACCCUCCACAGGUCCUUGUGAUGAUUUUGUUUUCCCCAGACAACCAGAAGACUGUGUGCUCACUGCCCACUGGCAAUGACCAUGUCAUAAGAACUUGAAAGAGUCAGACUGUUUCAUUCCAAGUCUGUUCCAGUUUAUAAGAACCCAUAGUUUGUAGGGGCAGGGAACUCUGGAAUGCCUUGCCCCAUGUCCAGAUCAUUCUUCCAUAAACCUAUAUAUGACAAGCAUGUCCACCUAGCCAGCUAUUAGCAGGGACAGAGUUACAGAAAAAUAGCCUGUUUGGAAUCAUCUCCCCUGAUUUGGUUCCCCUUCUCUUGGACCUGCUUACCUUUCACAUCUUCAAGGCUAGGACUUCUGUAUCCAGCAAGGGAGGGAAUUAGUAACUAAUUUAGAUGGCUUGAAAUUUUCUUUCUGGAGCGCGGAGGGCUCCAGAGGGCUUUGAAGCUCUACAAAUAACCAGAACCACUAAGCUGUGAUUGAUAAAUAUCAUGUGUAUAUAUCCAGUCUCUAAUAGGGAAGUAUGUGGAGUUAAGUGGUAACAUUGGUUUGCUUCCUGUUUCUGUGCAUUGUGACUCUGAUACACUCAAAUGACAGUAUUAUUAACUCUCGCGAUGGUAAAAAGAUGUUUUGUAGGUAUUCACUGCGAGAGGUAAAAUUGCUGCUUUGACAGGGAUUAUUCCAGUUUGCCAAAAGGCUUGCUUUUCUCCCUUCUGCACAAACUCUACCUUCCUCCAGCCUGGCCCAGGGUGAAACAAGUUGACUCGCUUUCAACCUUGAUUUCUUGUUCUGAGUCAACAUUUUAGGUUUGGAAGGUUUUAAGAGAGAACCUUAAAGGGCCGCAUUUCUAGAUUUUCAUUUAUCUGCCAAAAAUAUACAACUUUAAAAGCCAGCAAAACUAAGGUUCCUCACUGGGAGAUGAACUUUGCCUAAUUGGAGAAGCCAUCAGGGAAGGUGGAGCCAUGAUCUCUGCUGUUCCACUUGAGGAGCCUGGCAUCCUUCACUGGAGGUCCCAUUUCUGACUGUGAAGUGGCCUCUCUCGAUCAAAGUCAUGUGGGAACACAUAGAGGUGACCCCUUUCCUUUGGAGGGUCACAAGCAAAAACACCCUGGUUGUGCAUAGCUGCUGACCCCCAAGGACAUACCAUUCUUGAUUUCUGUUGGUGUAUCUUGGGGUCGGCCUGUUAUUUCUACCCUUAUUCAAUGGCCAGUCUGAUCUGGACCAGGCCUGACAAACUUCUGUUCCCUUGCUUUGUGUUUCUUCUGAGCCAGUAGGACUCUGGGUAGACUUUGAAGCCCAAGAAGUAGUACUUGCUUUGGCUAGGGACAUUUGAUUUUUUUUUGGUCUCCAUCUUGAUUUUUCUGGCAUUGUUGGCCAAGUCACACUAGCUUUUUUUGUUGUUGUUAGCUCUGGGAAACACACGCUGGAAGAGACAUUAGGGAGGGUGAUUAAGGUCUGGGGGUGGGAGGGCAUCAGUGCUUAUGAAGGGGUAGAAUGAAAGUGGGAGUAGCAGUUUAGUUAUGGUGAUUCAGUCCUUUGGAGCCAAGAAGGCCCCUGUGGCAUAUCAAUGCUACCAUUUCAACCACUAAGACACCCCCUCCCCAUUCCUUUGAAAUGGCAAUACAAGUAGACCACAGUUGUAAGUAGGUAGUAUAAUUUUACUAAGGUUUAAACAUUAUACUUGUUCCCUUCCUGUUGCAUAUUUCCUAAAUAUGCUUAGGAUUGGGGGUUGCGGGGAGGUGGGUAGUUUUCACGGUUCCAUUGUGUGUCACUCUCUUUUUCUCCCUCCUGUGACUUUGGCAUCUUCUCAUUUGAUUUUCUAUUUUCUUUUUCCCUUGCCUUAUUGCAAUCGUGUGCUGGUCAGGUAGAGAGCUCAGUGCACCCAUUCUCCUAUUACUGCUAAUUAUCUUCGAUAUUGCCAGAGGUUAUUUUGGUGUUCUAGGAAAACAAUGUCAUUUUUUCUGCAAGAUCAUCUGUUCCAAGUUAAAAAGCAAAAUAAAACAUCCCCUGUGCUAGGGUGCCCAUUUCAGCUUUUGACAUUGCCCCUGUACUUUAAUAGAUGCUCUUUUUGUCCGUGUUGGUAGUAACUAAUGACUAGUGAAUUUUCAUGUAAAUGAAGCAAAUUAAGUAUUUCCAGUUUGAUUAAUCUCUCAUAACCCUGCCAAAUCUGAUGACUUUAUAUUACUUCCCAGAAGGCACUUUCCCCCUCCUACCUUUUAUUUUCUUCUAUUCUAUUUUUAGACUAACACAUUAGGUAAAGAACUUUAACUACAAUGAGUCAGUGAUUUUUUUUUUAGUGCUCCCUAAUAAGUGAUGUUAUUGACAAAAGUAAGAAAUUCUUUCAUUGUUUUUUUUUUCCCUGUGAUCCUAUCUCCUCUCCUGUGCUCUUGACAGUGUGUUUAGUGGACGGAUAAUAUGUAUUUCUCUUCCCCACUCCAAGAUUCCAAAUUCCCUGCCUUUUUGGCCCACCUCACCACAAAAGCUCCAUAGUUCAUUAAUGUAAGUUUGAAUGGAUGCUUCUUUGGGGAAACUACAGGAGUCAAUGGAAAUGUUUCAGAAAGGAAAGAGAUCGCCUCAGGAGUUGUUCUGUGAUGGAAUCUGGUCUGUUGUUCUGUUAAUGCUGAUGGAAAGAAACUUACAGCGCUUAAUAAAAGUUUAUUCUUUUAGUAAAAAAAAUUGUG